GCGGGAGGGGAAUCGAUUCCCCCGGUUGUAUACCCAAUAGAUCCGAGGAAUCGAUUUAUCGAGGCCAGUUUCGUUUCCUGUCACAACUUGGACCAAUUAGCUAAGCUACCGACGUAUCAAUUAGCUAAGCUACCGACGUAUUAAAUAGCUAAGCUACCGACGUGCUAAUUAGCUAAGCUACUGGUACCAAUUAAAGCCGCUGUCUCUUCCCCUAAUUGAGAGGUUGAGGCGAGAAGCUUUAGGCGCUCAAAUAGGCCUGAAACGCGAGCCUUCGGUAACGAGUUGUUGAGAGUCCCGGGUCACCGAUUCAUCGAGAAGGCUGAGGCUGAGGCGAUGGACACGAUGAAGCCCUCUGCCCUGGAGAAUGACUUCUGCUACGGGACCAACGUGGCAAGCGCCCACGUCUCCAUCCGCAUGGGCUUCUUGCGCAAGGUCUACGCCAUCCUCUCGGCGCAGAUCCUGCUCACGGUGGCCGUGGCGGCGCUCAUGGACUGGAGCGACGUCGUCGAGGACUUCGUUCAGAAGAACUCGUGGGUGAUGCUCAUCUCGUGCGUGCUGUCCAUGGGGUUGCUGCUUGCCCUCUUCGCCAAGCGUCGCGAUCACCCCACCAACCUCAUCCUCCUCUUCGCUUUCACUCUGGUGGAGGCGUUCACGCUAGGGGUUGUGGUGACGUUCUACGACCACGCCGUGGUGUUCCAGGCGUGCGUCCUCACGGCCGCCGCCUUUGUGGGCCUCACCGCCUACACCCUGCAGACAAAGAGGGACUUCAGCCGCAUGGGGACCGGGCUCUUUGCGGGCCUCUGGAUAUUGAUCAUCGCUGGAUUUCUUGGGCUGUUCCUGCGCUACCCGCUGGUGGAGCUGGCGCUUGCCGGUGGCGGUGCGCUGCUGUUCUGCGGCUUCGUGGUGUGGGACACCCAGCGGCUGCUGCACCGCCUCUCCCCCGAGGAUUUCGUGGAGGGCGCCGUCUCCCUCUACCUCGACCUCAUCAACCUCUUCCUCUACAUCCUGCGCCUGCUGGAGGCCGUGCGGCGCAACUCGUGGGUGAUGCUCAUCUCCUGCGUGCUGCUUAUGGGGUCGCUGCUUGCCCUCUUAGCCAAGCGUCGCGAUGACCCCUCCAACCUCUUCCUCUUCUUCGCUUUCACUCUGGUGCAGGGGUUCUCGCUGGGGUAUUUGGUGACGUUCUACGACCACGCCGUGGUGUUCCAAGCAUGCGUCCUCAUGGCCGCCGCCUUUGUGGGCCUCACCGUCUACACCCUGAAGACCAAGAGGGGCGCCAGCCGCAUGGUGACCGGGUUCUAUGCGGGCCUCUGGAUAUUGAUCAUCGCUGGAUUUCUUGGGCUGUUCCUGCGCUACCUGCUGGUGGAGCUGGCGCUUGCCGGUGGCGGUGCGCUGCUGUUCUGCGGCUUCGUGGUGUAGGACACCCAGCGGCUGCUGCACCGCCUCUCCCCCGAGGAUUUCGUGGAGGGCGCCGUCUCCCUCUACCUCGACCUCAUCAACCUCUUCCUCUACAUCCUGCGCCUGCUGGAGGCCGUGCGGCGCAAGUGAGAGUGCAGGACGGCGGGGGGGGGGGGGGGAGUGGUGGUGGGCCACCUCUCGCUCUCUAGCUCAUACACUCGCUCACCACCUAGUACACUCGCUAGUACACAUGCUCACUGGCUAAUACACUUGCUCGUGUACUCACCACCGAGUACACUCGCUUACCACCUAGUACACUCGCUCACUAGCUAGUACACUCACCACCUAGUACACUCACCACCUAGUACACUCGCUCACUAGCUA